CGCCGAGGAUCGUUCACAGAGUAACGUCUGAUGCCGGGACGACAAUGCUGAAGAACUGUAAUUUCACUCAGAACGAACCAGGAGAACAACGCACACCUGAUUCCUCACUCUUACCGCGCUCUACAAUCUGCAAAACACGCGUGCGCAUGUUUCAUUGUGUAAUAAAUAAGCAUGGCGCUACAAUUAUUGGUUAUUCCGAAUUAAUGAAACUGAUGUGCGCACUCUAGUGUACAUUACUAGCGUCUAGCAACUAAUGUGAUGUACCCGGCUCGAAACACAACAUUGAAUCUCUAAAAACACAUAAAUAAGGAUUACAAAGAUAUAUAAAUAUUUAAAAGAAAAAGGUAUUGAACAGCCAUACAGAAGAAAAACAGAAAUUCUAAAGAAGUAUUAAGAUUUUAUUAGCAUUUUCAAUUAUCACAAUUCGAAUCAGUACGAAUGUAAUAAAAACCAAUUUUUAUAACUUAUUGUUAAUAUAAAUCUAUUCUCCCCAGCAUAUUGGUGAACAAUUACAACCACAAUGAACUUGCCACGAGUAUACUUCGACGUAUCUACAGAUGAUAAGACAUUAGGAAGACUUAUAAUACAACUACGUCCUGAUGUUGUGCCAAAGACAUCAGAAAAUUUUCGUGCGCUGUGUACAGGAGAAAGAGGCUUUGGUUAUAAAGGGAGUUAUUUUCACCGUGUAAUUCCCAAUUUUAUGUGUCAAGGAGGUGAUAUCACACAUCACAAUGGUACAGGUGGAAAGUCUAUCUAUGGAGAUAAAUUUGAAGAUGAGAACUUUGAACUCAAGCAUACUGGUGGUGGUAUACUGUCAAUGGCUAACUCUGGCCCAAACUCAAAUAGCUCACAAUUUUUUAUUACUACUAUAAAAACACCUUGGCUGGACAAUAAACAUGUUGUGUUUGGCAAUGUUAUCGAAGGAAUGGAUAUUGUAAGGAAAAUUGAAAAUUGUGGUUCAUCUACUGGUAAGACAUAUCAGAAAGUCAUGAUAGCGGAUUGUGGUCAGUUAUCUUGAAGAUAAGCUAAAUUCAUGAAUCAUGGAUUAAAAUAAAUCGAAGUAUAAUAAGUUACAUAAGUUUCUAUAUUUUAAUUGCUUUAAGGAAAAUGUACUGGAAAUUUUUUUAUAAAGAUAUAUAAGGACACAUAUAUUUA